CACCAACGACAGGCAAGUUCCUGUGAACAAUCUUGAAGAAUUCUAGGGGCUACAUUUAGGUUCUUCUGUUGCAUGCCAUAUGUGGCUCUCUGUUACACCUUUUAGUUCUAAAGAAAACUGAAGCCAAAGAAGCAAGGCAGGAAGUGUGAGUGGACCAGGUAGCAGAAGGACAAGAAAGAUCAGCUUGACAACUCCAUGAUCAUAGAUCCAGAGCUGGAUAGGAUACAAUCCAACCCCGACAUUUUUACAGGUACCUCAAUCAGGAAGCCAGCAAGAAGAAAGUUAGAGAUCACCAUGUCUGUAAUUGCAGCUUUCUAUGGCAGCAAGUCAAUACUCAUCACUGGAGCCACAGGCUUCAUGGGCAAAGUGCUGGUGGAAAAAUUACUUCGUACCAGCCCAGAUUUGAAAGUUAUUUAUAUCCUUGUGAGGCCCAAAUCUGGGCAAUCUCUGCAACAGAGGGUAUCCCAGAUGAUGAACUGUAAGCUUUUUGAAAAGGCCAAAGAAAUUUGCCCAAAUAUCUUCGAGAAGAUCAGACCUAUUUAUUCAGAUCUCACAAAGCCAGAUUUGGGCAUCAGCAAGGAAGAUUUAGAGGAGCUCCUGAGCCAUACCAAUAUCAUCUUCCACUGUGCAGCUACAGUUCGCUUUGAUGAUCCACUAAGACAUGCUUUGCAACUCAACGUCAUUGCCACCCAGCAGCUUCUGUUGAUGGCCAGCCAGAUGUCAAAACUUGAAGUCUUCAUCCAUUUCUCCACUGCCUAUUCAAACUGUAACCUGAAGUACAUUGAUGAAAUUAUCUACCCAUGUUCUGUGGAACCCAAGAAACUGAUUGACUCAGUAGAGUGGUUAGAUGAUUCAAUCAUUGAAGAAAUCACACCCAAAUUGAUCGAGAAUCGACCCAACACUUAUACAUAUACCAAGGCCUUGGGAGAGAUGGUGGUGUAUCAAGAACAAGGGAACUUAAAUGUUGCUAUCAUAAGACCAUCCAUCGUUGGAGCUAGCUGGCAGGAGCCUUUUCCAGGUUGGGUGGAUAACUUAAACGGACCAAGUGGACUCAUGAUUGCGGCUGGGAAAGGGUUUCUACGGGCCAUAAAGGCCACUCCAACAGCUGUGGCAGAUGUGGUCCCAGUGGAUCUAGUCAUUAACCUCACCCUGGCAGUAGGGUGGCACACUGCAGUUCACAGACCAAAAUCCACUUUAAUCUAUCACUGCACAAGUGGAAGUCUCAAUCCUUGCUUGUGGACAGACCUGGGAGUUCAUGUCUUAGCCACUUUUGAAAAAACACCCCUUGAGAAAGCAUUUAGGAGACCAAAUGCUGACUUCACAACCAACAAGUUCUCAACUCACCUUUGGAAUACUCUUAGUCACAUGGCUCCAGCAGUGAUGUAUGACUUUUAUCUUCGCCUCACAGGAAGAAAGCCCAGAAUGGCAAAACUCAUGAAUCGCAUGUUGAAAACCAUUUCCAUGUUGGAUUAUUUCAUCAAUCACAGUUGGGAAUGGAGUACCUACAAUACAGAAAUGUUGAUGUCUCAGAUGAAUAACGAAGACCAGAAAUUAUUCAACUUUGACGUACGCCACUUGAAUUGGUUGGAGUACACUGAAAACUACUGCUUGGGAAUUAAGAAAUAUCUACUGAAAGAGGAUAUGGCUGGAAUUCCUGCAGCAAAGCGACAUUUAAGAAUGCUCAGAAACAUUUACUACCUCUUUAACACAGUCCUCUUCCUCAUCAUCUGGCGCUUUUUCAUUGCAAGAUCACAGAUGGCUCGGAAUAUCUGGUACUUCGUGGUGAGCCUUUGCUAUAAAUUCCUUUCCUACUUCAGGGCAUCCAGCACCUUCAGGCACUGAGAACAAUCAAAGUUUACCCAUCUUCUGUUGAGCUCCUUGAAAACAACAAACUGUGGCUAUCAAGCAUUAGAAAUCAUGCAGGAACUUGUCCUUUUAGCUAUUAUAAGGCAUAUGUAUAGUCAUAUAUUUAUCUCAACGCCUAACUGUAUUUUCUUGAUUCAUACAUUGUACUUUAUCUUCCAGAGGAUGCCUAGUGAAAUAAAAUCUCAUUGCAAUCUCUUAAGCCAUAAUCAUGAACUUUGUUAAAAAAAAAAUGAUCGUGGAAUAAUUUCCCAAUACUGUAUUUGAUGUUUAUGUGGAACAACAUACCUUCUUUCUCCCUUCUAACCUUGAUGUUUUUUUCUAUACUAUUAUCUUGAUGUCAAUUUUAAAAGCACAAAAUAUAUAAUAGAGUUGAAAAAUGUGAAUUUUUAAGAGCAAGGUUACACUGUGGCACCCUUCUAGGGAUUAAAUCUAAAAGUUAAAAAUAAAAAUAGCAGAGGAGAGCAUAUUCUCAACUCACUAACAAACGUUGUAGGAGAAAUUGUUAACCUUUUUAACCUUCUCCCCUUUCCUCUCAAUGUGAUUAAUAUUUUCAAGUCCUGGUAGGAAAGUUUUUAACUAGGAAAUCAAUAUUGCUAAGAAAAAAAUACUCAAAUGAACAUGUUCAUGACACAUCUUUGCAUUUGGCAUAUGGGUUUUAAUCAAGAUUUAAACACUAGUAUUCAAAUUCCUUUUAAUCACUACUCCCCUAGCAGCUUAUUACUUUUUUUUUAAACUCAUUUCCCUAGCCUCUUCUAUUAUAUCAUUGUGCUAUCUAUAACUACUUUCUCUGUAAAUUCUAUUUAUAUUUAAGUCCUGUUCAGCUGUUACUUUAAUUAGGGCAAAUGGUGGGAGUGGUUUUCAAAGAUCUAUCUAAAAAACAUUUCCCAACUGAAAAUUGUGAAAUAUCAUAAGGGUAUUAAGUAAAGCAGGAUUUGAAACUAAGUAUUUAGUCAUAAUUCUUAAACAGGGAAAAGGGUAGAGGGAGCAGGCACUUAUUCCACACCUGCUAAAUUGAAAAUAUUGCUCUAUUUAUGAGUAACCUGAUAGGUCGAGCUGACCCACUGUUAAGUGUACUACGUACAGAGAAAGAAGUUACAGUCUUCAGUAAUAAGGGACACUAAAUUACCUUUUGGGUAUACUGAUUAGGGUUUUUUAAGCUUAUUGUAUUUUUAGGUGCAAUGGGAACAAGCUAAUUUGAUCAGGUUAAUAAUAAAUAUCAAAACAGUUAAAAAUUUCAAAAUGCUGUUUUAUUAUCACAGCAUUUGCUCUUCCAUCUUUCCCAGUAAUCAGUACUUGCUAGACUAUUAAACCACUCAUUCCAAAAAUACUGAUUAAUCAUAUGAUCAGAGAUUGAGCAGGAAGGAACCUUAGAGGUUACCUAGCCCAAUCCUCUCAUUUUAAAGAUGAUGAAACUGAGGUCCAGAUAGAAUUAGUGACCUGCCUGCUAAGUGGCAGAUCUGAGAUUGAAACUGAAGUUCUCUGAUUCCAAACCAGCACCCUUUGGGGUAGAAUAAAUGAAUAGAAUAAUUUAUUAAGCGCUUACUA